AUGUCCACGGCGUCCGACGUGCCGGAGGCUUCCGGGGCUCUGGACAAUGGAGAACCUAGCACUUCUGGGCCGGAGCAGAGGCAUGCGCUGGGCGGAAAGAAGUACACCCGUCUGGAGCUGCCCACCCCGGAGCAGAUGGCCGGCCAAGAGGCAAUGAAUAACUGCGCCGUGCGCACCGUGCUGUCCGCUGUGAUGGGCGCGGGGCUCGGUGCCAUGUUUGGGCUGUUCAUGGGCACCAUGGAUGGCGCGGGUCUAGGCAUAGAUGGGAGGCUGGCGACGGAAAAUCAGAAGCAGAAUGUGCGCCAGAUCAUGAAGGACAUGGUUCGCAACACUAGCUCCAAGAGCUGGUCCUAUGCCAAGGGCUUCAGUGCCAUGGGCGCUCUGUUUGCCGGGAGCGAGUGCGUGAUCGAAAAGAUGCGCGCCAAGCACGACAGGUACAACUCGGUCUACGCAGGGUGUACCGCGGGCGCAGUGCUGGCACAUAGCGGCGGACCCAAGGCCAUGGCCCUGGGGUGCGGCACCUUUGCGGCCUUCUCUGCAGCGAUAGAUCACUUCAUGGACCAUUGA